AUGAAUCGAGCAAACGCAGAAGAAGCAAAGCGCCUGGAGGCCAUGCGCGUGAAUCUAGAUGCAGCCUACCAGGCACAGCAACAUGAAGAGGCUGCCAAGCAGUACAGGCGCACGAUACAGGAGGAGGAGGAGGACCGACAGCUUGCGAUGAGGUUGCAGGAAAAGGAGAAGCGGCUAGCUUUGCUGGAGCAAAAGGAAAAGGAAACAAGUGAUAGGCUACAAAAGGAGACAACAGCGGCAGAGCAAAGGCGAAAGCAGGAAGAGGCAAGCAAGUCCAAGAAGAGUUCAUCCGACGAUGAUGGCUCGAGCUCGAAUGACAGUUCAUCAUCUGAUGAGGCUGUGACUGCCACUGCUUCAACCGACAUCAGCAGCAAGCCCAAGGCAAAGGACCAAGAGGACAAAAAGGAAAAGGAGCGACAGGAGCCAAAGAAAAAGGACAAGGGCGACAAGGACAAGGACAGGCGUCGCCGCAAGGCAGCCGACCUGAACACCUCAGACAUCUCGAUGACCACGCCGCCUGUGGACGAGAGCAAGGAAGCAUCAUGA